UUUAAAAUCUUCCCCUUUAAGGAGAAAAUGUGACACUUGUGAAAAAGCUUGUAAGAAAGCCCCUUUUUCCUUUAAACCUUUAAAUGACAAAUCUAGGUGAUUAAGGUUGUGAGUUUUCAUUUUUGCUUUGUUUUUAAUGAACAUUUGUCUUUCAGAAUAGGAUUGUGUGAUGUUUAAAUGGCAAAAACAUGAUUUUGUGCAAUUAACAAAGCUACUGCAAGAAAAAUAAAACAUUUCUUGGUAAUACGGUUGUGCCGCAGGAGCGCGCUACGCUUCCUUGGGUACGCGCCGCCUCUGGCCACCAGUAUCCAACCAAAUCUUGCUUUCCUGGGGACACCGGGGCGGGACAAACAGGGCGUAGCCAAGUGAGCCAAUGGGAGGCUAAGUAAGAACGGGCCAUUCUGGGCCAGUCAGUGAACAGACCAGGGCCAAGGGCGCAGGCCGGCGGCCUUCUGCGCGAGCUUGGCGCGGUGGCUCUCGAGGCAGGUGCGGGCGGCGUAAUAUAUGCAGCCUCUAUCUGGGGACCCCCACCGGUCUCGUGAGUUGUCGGCCAAUUGCCGACUCGAAGACAGCCUGGGGGGUGGGGCUGGCACCCGCUCCGCCAAUCGGCGCCGAAGGUAAAGACCAGCGCCGCGUACCGUCGGGAAGACGGCAGGGACAGCGCUGGGCAGCAGCUGCGACGAUGGCGACGGUGAUGGCAGCAACGGCAGCGGAGCGGGCGGUGCUGGAGGAGGAGUUCCGCUGGCUGCUGCACGCCGAAGUGCAUGCCGUCCUGAGGCAGCUGCAGGACAUUCUCAAGGAGGCCUCCCUGCGCUUCACGCUACCAGGUUCAGGCUCUGAGGGGCUUGCCAAGCAGGAGAACUUCAUCCUGGGCAGCUGUGGCACAGAUCAGGUGAAAGGUGUGCUGACCCUGCAAGGAGAUGCCCUCAGCCAGGCGGAUGUGAACCUGAAGAUGCCCCGGAGCAACCAGCUCCUGCACUUGGCCUUCCGGGAAGACAAGCAGUGGAAGCUACAACAGAUCCAGGAUGCCAGAAACCAUGUCAGCCAAGCCAUUUACCUCCUCACCCACCGAGAUGAGAGCUACCAGUUCAAGACAGGUGCUGAAGUCCUCAAGCUUAUGGAUGCUGUGAUGCUACAGCUGACCAGAGCCCGCAACCGCCUCACCACCCCAGCCACCCUCACCCUGCCUGAGAUCGCAGCCAGUGGCCUCACGAGGAUGUUUGCUCCUACCCUGCCCUCCGACCUGCUGGUCAAUGUCUACAUCAACCUCAACAAGCUGUGCCUCACUGUGUACCAGCUACAUACCCUGCAGCCUAACUCCACUAAGAACUUCCGCCCAGCUGGAGGUGCAGUGCUACACAGCCCAGGAGCCAUGUUUGAGUGGGGCUCACAGCGCCUGGAAGUCUGUCAUGUACACAAGGUGGAGUGCGUGAUCCCCUGGCUAAAUGAUGCCCUGGUCUACUUUACGGUCUCCCUGCAGCUGUGCCAGCAGCUCAAGGACAAGAUCUCCGUGUUCUCCAGCUACUGGAGCUACAGACCAUUCUGAGCUGAGCACUGUGUCCCAGGAGCCUAUUCCCCAGAAGAGUGGCCCUUGCCAAUAGAAUCCCUUUUCCCUUCCACACACUCCUCAAAGUAUUAUUUAUCUUCCUUCUCAGCUGCCCUGCCCCUCAUGUUUGCACUGCUGCUGCUAGAAGGAAAGACACUCGCUGGUUCGAUGUUUGGUUGAGGUUUUGUGUCAGGAAGGUGGGCCCAGCCCUGCCCUCCCAGGCAUUGUGGGAACCUUUGGACUCAGGGUGUGGCCAAGCCAGGCCUUCUGUCCAGCUGCCACAGGGUGGUGGGGAGCAGCCACUGAGCUGCUGAGGGAGGCUGUGGGUGGAGCCCUGAGCAGUGAGUUGGGAGGGGAGGAAAAGGGCUGCCUGCUGAGCUGGUCUGUGAAUGAGCUGUAGGGCUGGGACAUUUGUUCUGAAGCCUCAACACACAGCCUCUAAGAAAUAAAAUCAGACUUUGCCUGGA